AUGGAACGCGCGCGCGCGACGCAUCGACCAAGCACACCUUUACUCUUUCUUCCGACUUUAUCUAUUAUAAUCCCGAUAGUCCUUCUGCAUCGGCGCGUUCAGCAUGGUGACCAAGUCCGACACCAAGCCCUUCCCGGGAUACCCCGCUGCCGAGAUCCUGUACAGCAUGCAUCAUCAGGACGCGCGAUUAUCAGCAGGUGGCAUAGAGUGACAGCGAAGAUCCUGAAGAGCAGCGCUAAGUUUGGCGACCAGCCAGAGGGCCCUUCCGGAUCGAGAUUGAAGACAUGGGAGCCAUGA